AUGUCUUCAUUGCCAACGACGCCAAAUACAACUACAUCGCCUCUAUUAUCGACGACAACGGCAACGCCAAUACCGGCUCCUGUGGCUCAUCAAGCCAUUCUAUUUAUUCUCGAUGUGCUCAUUCGUAAUAAUCAAGCCAUGCCUAUUGUGAAGCUUUACGAUAGCUUUGCUGAUCGAACAUUUACACCACAAAUGUUACGUGCUGUUGGUGGCAAUGAGCAAGGAUUGCAACAAUUCUUGCUGCGAUAUCCAUCAUUAUUUACUGUAAACAACGAUACUGUAUCAGCGAAUAGUGCAACACCCGUACGCACAUUGAAUUCAUCAUCAAAAACUCAUCAUAGUCGGCCAAAACCAACAGCAUCACCCGUCUCGAGUAAUGAGGCGAGCGAAAACGAUCUAAUGACAACAUCAAUUAAUAACAAUAAUAAUAAUAUCAACAAUGAAACAGUAUGGGAUGCUAAAACAAUGCGUGAAAUCGAACAAGAAGCAAUAAAUUUUUUCAAAAAACAAUUAAGUAAACGUGAAGAAGAAUGGUUACCAAUUGUAAGUGUUGCUGGACACGCAUCGCAAGCAUCCGCUGAUGUAAGAAAAUAUGUUGGACCACAAAAUGAAUUUAAAGUAUUUCUUGCACGUUAUCCAACUAUUUUUGCUGUACGCGAUGACUUUUGCGGUCUUAAAGGUAAAGCUGAUCUACCUGGAAUUCCAUUUCCACCUCCAUCACCUCCGCCAAAACGUCGUGUAACAUCAACAAGUUCAAGUGGAACAAGUUUAAUGUUAACACGUUCUACAUCAUUUAAAUCGGGUACACGAACUAUGUUAGGUGGCAAUUCAAUGCCAAGUACACCAACAAGUGUAAACAAUUCAUCAAUAUUACUAUCAUCAACAUCCUCUAUCAGUCGACCUCCGAUGCAACGUUUAACACCAAACGAAGUUAAAGCUGUCCAUUAUGUUAUGCGUUUAUUACAUAAAAAUGGUCGUGUUUUACUUCAAAGUGUACCGAAUUUAGUAGCUCGCGCACCAGAUUAUUUAAUACAAUUUAUUGGUUUUGCACGUGAUGAUAUAAUCUCAUUUUUUAAACGACACAAUGCUGUUUUUCAACUGCAUACAGACGGAACAGUUAGCGUGAAAUCCGAUGCUAUACGAGUUUUAUUAAAUAAAAGUGACGUGAAUAACAAUAUAAACAAUAAUAAUAAUAAUAAUAAUAAUAAUAACAAUACGAAUAGCCUUCAAGCAUCAUCAUUAUCAUCACUACAAUUAUCUCAACAAUCAUCGAAUUCAAUAAGCGCAUCGGGAGUUGUCAUAAGAAUUUUUCCUAAAUAUGGCAUAUUGAAUAUGGAUAAUAAUGAACAAGUUUUUUUCGAUAUACAGUCAUGUCAUUUUGAAACAUUUAAUGAUCUAACAUGUGUUCUUAAUCCCGGCGAUUCUAUGAAUUUUACAGCUAUACUUGGUCCAAAAGAAGGUUCUACUAAAUGGAAAUCAUUGAAAACUUGGCCACGUCAAAAUACUCGUCCAGCGAUCGUACAUUCAGCAAGUACAAAUAAUUUAUCAUCAAUAACAUCGGCUAAUGGUGGUUAUACAUCACCGCCAUCGUUUGAAAAUUAUACAAAUUCAUCGAAUGGAUUUGCAUCUAUCGAUCACGAUUUAAAUAUUUAUCAAAUAGGAAACGAUUUAAAUAGUAGUGGAUUUGAUGAAUCAUCAGAUAAUAAUGGUGGACAAUUAUCUCCUAUAGCUCUUGUUAAUUCGUCGAAUUCUAAUCGACAUAGCCGCGUUGGUUUACCGCCAGUUAACGAAGAGCAAUGUCCAUUGCCUAAAAUGGCCGGUGGUCUUGAUGCUGAAGUUCUUCGACGUAAUCUACAACAGGUUAUUCAACGAACAAACACAAUCUCAUUACGUGAACAAGCUGAUGAAUCAGGCCGAUAUGUAUCUCAAGGUUGUCAAACAACAUCAACAGGAGAGAUCUUAGCAACAAAUAUACAUAUUGAAUAA